CGGUUGCAGCGCUGCCACAUCCACGCAGAACCUUUUGUUUUCGAUUGGAGAGCACGUAUUUUUUGCAGCAAAAUAUAACGAUUCGGUCUCAAAAACGGUUUGUCAUGAGACUUAACUUUAUUUUCGUGAUGAUCCUUAGUGGACUGCAUCACGGGGACAGUUAUGUUAUAGUAAAUUCUAUGUCGUGGGCGGUCACGGCUGAAGUAGAAGAAUUGGACCCUUCUUCCAACGAAGAGACAAUCCCGGCUCUUUUGGAGGAUACUGGUAGCUUUUGGAAGCAGUCGUACCCGGGCUCUGUUAUAAACAACGAUGUCGAGAGAAGAGCAGCGCCGAACACUGUGGAUGCCAAACAGAUCUCAACACCAUCCAGGAUGUUCUCAUACAAGAGAGAAGCCGUGAGCUCGGUAGACAGUCCCCCGCCGCACCCCCACGAUGAGAUAGCGAAGACUGCCCGGUACCUGGCGCAUUACAGCAGCCGGGGGUUUCUAGCAACCAUCUCUACACACGAGAAGAUUAAAGGUGUGCCAUUUGGGAAUAUUUUCUCAAUCAGUGAUGGUCUUCCUGACAACAGCACAGGGAUUCCUUUAUUUUACGUCACUCCGAUGGACAGCAGUGUGGCAGACCUGAUGAACAGCUCCUUGGCGUCUCUGACAUUCUCUGAAGCAGAAGGGGACUACUGCAGUGAGAAUAUGGUUGAUCCUGAGGACCCCAGGUGUGCCAGGCUAACCCUGACUGGCCAGAUGGUGGCAGUAGAGCUUGGUGAACUGGAGUUUGCUAAAGAAGCAAUGUUCUCCAGGCAUCCUGUUAUGAGGAAGUGGCCAAUCACUCACAAUUGGUUCUUUAUGAAGCUCAAUAUUAAACAGGUGUGGCUUCAGAACUGGUUUGGAGGGGUCUACAUGAUCCCAUUGGAGGAUUACUUCAAAGCCAGCCCGACUAAAUCCUAAUUUAGAUAUUUUAAUCUUUGGUUUUAGCACUGGUUGUAUGAAACUUGACUUUUUUUUGUCUCUUGCACACAGAAACACAGAAAUGCUUGGCAUUUUAUUCAUUGGGAAUAGCUGCAUAUAUUUUGAAGAAAUCAAGUGGCUAUUUGUUUUUAUUUUUUAAACACUAAUCUUGCUCUGUUUGGUAAUGUACAGGACUGUAUUUGAGUGAAAUAGAUAUGCUUUAAUUGAAGAUACCAGUGUAGAUACUUAGUAAAUCCUACUUUGUUUAAAAUAAUAUUUGAAGUUUGAGGUUUCUAAGAGCCUGUGACUGUAAUAGUUUAUUGAUUCUCUCACUAGGUACACAUUCAGUAAUAUUGUUUGGAUGGGUUUUAUGCUUUGACAGAAGAACUUAUAUGCCAUGCCACUAAGUCACAUACCGUAUUCCUUUGAAUAUAUAUAUAUAUAUAUAUAUAUAUAUA